AUGCUGCGAAUAUGCCCGACGGUCCCGGUGAUCUCCCGGGUGGCCUCGGAGGACCUCCGGCUGCCCAGGGGGCGGGUGCUGGUCCCUAAGGGCACCGUCCUGCUGUUGGUGCCCGGCAUCACGCAACGCCUGCCACAGUUUUACCCACACCCUCUGAGGUUCGACCCUUCACGCUUCUUGGACGGCCGCAGAGGGGAGGAGCACGCGUGCAGCUACCUGCCGUUUGGGGUGGGCGCACGCAGUUGCGUGGGCACCCAGUACGCCCGUCUGCAGCUCAAGGUCUUCCUGGCGGAAAUCCUGAGGCACUUCCGCUUCCUGCCGCACAGCCGCUGGGAGGACCUGGAGGACGCCUCAGUGGCGAUGCUCAUAUGGCGUAAGCAGGUGGACACGCCGGAAAGGUUAACAAAUAUUGGAUCUCCAGCACUGGAGGAGCUCGAGAACACCACUGGAAGUGACAAGGCAGGCAACAGUCCACUGCACUACGCAGCAGUGAGGGGCAGCGCCGAGGGUGUGCGGCUACUGUCGACCGCUGGUGCAGACGCGCUUCUCGAGGACUCGCAAUGUGUAACACCACUGGUUUCCACUGUCAUGUUGGGGAAUGCAGAAUGUGUCAGGCUGCUGGCUUGUGCAGUGAGAAACCUGGAGUCCACAGAUCUGCAAGGUUUCACAGCAAUGCACGACGCUGCACUAAAUGGCGACGGUGAAAGCCUGAAGCACCUGUUGCGAGCGGGCGCUCGCAGCAGCCCGGUGACCAGUAGCCUGAACACGCCUCUGCACCAGGCAACAGUCGCAGGUAACGCCGAGUGUGUGAGGGUGCUGCUGCAGGUGGGGGCGAACGUGGCGACGAGGGACGCCGACGGCUUCACCGCGCUGCACUUCGCCGUGCUGGGCGGCAACCCGGACUGCCUGAGGCACCUCCUGGCAGUGGGCGCCGAUGUCCGGGCGCAGGAAGCUUCUGGUUUCACGCCGCUGCACAUUGCGGCGGCGGCGGGCGCACAGGAUGCCGUCAGGAGCUGA